CAAUGAGAUUCCCUGCUUUCCUUUCAGAAGAGCUCCGCCUUAACUUGAAAGCGUGCUUACACGGGAAGUAAUGGAGCAAUCUUAGGAAGGCUUACUCAGAAAGUAAACCCCAUUGGGUUCAAAAGAAGUUGCUUCUAGGGUGAGAGACACCAGGGCACUAUGGACUUAAAGUGCGUUCAGCUUCUGCCUUCUGCCUGUGCCAUUCUAGCAGAUCCACGGCAACCAGUUUGCGAUGACACCUGCCUAGAGAAGUUGCUAGACUGGUUUAAGACUUUAACCAACACUGGAUCUAGUUUGUUGCUCUUAGAGGAAAAUCCAUGUUUGGCAGAGUUGAUCCUUACUGUGCUGAGACAGCAGGAGCCGAACCCAACAAUCCUUUCCUUUGUCCUAAAACUGAUGGGAUUAUUCGCUGCCUCUGAAAGCUGUUUCCAGCACCUCCAGCAGAAGAAAGCUGUAGACUUGGCCUUUGGGGAAGCCAGGCCUCUCAGCACCGCCUUGUUCGAAGACUCCUCUGUGCGCAGCGGCUGGGUGCAAGGCGCUCACGACAUGCUGCACCACUCCGGCGCCUUCCAGUUGUUAUGUGACUCUGGUGCCCUAGAUACAAUCUUCACCUUGCAUGAAGACCGCAGCUUAUUCGUCGCCUCGGCGGCCAAUCAGCUCCUUGCACGCAUGCUCGUCUUCUCCAUGCGGUCGGAAUGUUCCCAUCCUCUCAGCCCGGACAACUGCGAGUGGCCGCCGUGUGCUCAAGAGAUUGUGGCUCACCUCGAGGAGUCUCUCCGCUCCCGCUCUGCCUCCCGUGCCAACCAGUCCUUGAAGCUGCUAACAACGGUGUGUGAACAAAACCAGGAAGCGUGGACAGAAGCCCUUUGGUCACGGCUAGUGAGAACAAUUGAGUCCCUUCUGGAGGAGUGGUCGGCCCAGGUGGCACAUUCACUGGUGGACCUGCUUCUGAGCAUGGCAAGAUCUCCUGCGUUCAGCUGUCUCGAAGGCAGCUUCUGGAAAUUUGUCGCUCUUGCUCUGAAAUGCCUGCAACCGACUCCAGCUGGUCUCCUAGCACUGGGGCUCCUGAAACUCGAGGAGUGCCCCCAGGCCAUUAAGAUCCAAGCUCUGCAUAUCCUGCUGCAGCCGGUGGACUGCAUCGCCAGAGCCUUCUCUCAUCCCUCUGAGCUCUCAGGUUUCCUGGAUUGUCCCCUUCCUGAGGCCGUCUCUGUGAAACCUCUUCUGUCUUCCCGGUCUUCGUGCAUCAGUCUUCUGUGCCAGUUUCUGGCCCAUCUUGCGGAGAUCCAGCACCUGGCCGGCCUGCCCGUGGAUUUCCCCCACAAGCCUUUGCUGCACUCCACGGUGGCUGUGUUACAGGUCUGUGGAGGCUUCGCAGUGCCAGCCUCCUCCUUGGGAGAGACGAUCAACAGGAUCCUAAUUGGCUGCUCCCGAGUUCAGCAGGCCGCAAUUCAUCUCCUUGGAGCCCUCUCUCGGUGGGCAAACUCUGGUGUGGCCGUGGAAGAGGUCUUUGACAUCCUUCUCGUCUACCUGCGAAGUCCAGAAACCAGUCCUACCGUUCUGAAGAAGGCUUUCCAAGCGACACUGAAAUGGUGCCUGUGCAGCUCUGAAACGUCCGGUUCCACCAGUGGCUUCCCACAGUGCAAACAGUUCCUCACAGAUACGAUGCCCAUGUUACAGAAACGCAUGUGCAGCCCCAGCUGGGAGGUCCGAGAUUCUGCUCUGGAGUUUUUCACCCUGGCAAUGAAGCACUUGAAAGAGCAGGAGGGGUUUUGGCAAGCCCUGUCCACCUCGGAAGUAGUUACACUUGCUGAAGGCCUUCUGGAUGACCCAGAGAGCUACGUCCGAGCCAGCGCCGUGAAAGCUUUGGGCCAGUAUUCCUUGAUCGCCAGCUCCGGCUUGAAGGUGCCCAGCCUUGAUCAUAACAGGAGUCACAAUGAGGACAGCAUCCCCACUCGCUUGCUGGAAAUCUUGUCAACAGACUCCGAGGGCUUUCCCCGCAGAGCUGCAGUCAGCGUCUUCAUUGACUGGCUCCAGGAAGGGCACCAGGCCGUCCGGAACGAAGCCGAACAGUUUGUUUCUAAAGUGAUCCAAAUUGUCAGGGGAGACUUGGACUGGGAAGUCAAGGUCAGCGGCUUGGAACUGGCAGGCGUUUUCUCAGCUCAGGCCUUUGAUCACUUUGGCUUCGCCCAGCGCCCGUCCGCUGCUGCCAGCGCCUCUUCUGUUAGCCAGCCUGCCCGUCUAGCUGAACUGCUGCAGGCCUUCUGCCAAGUGAAGCUGUUUGACUUUCUCUUUGGAGCUCUGGGGGACUGCGACAGGCCGGUGGCGCUCAAAGCCUGUGAGAUCCUCGCGGGCGUGAAGCUGCAGCUCUGUGUAGGCCGCAGCCAACAUGAAGGGCAGAGGCUCGAACGGCAAGGGAACACUCCGCUGUUUGAGACCUGGAGGACUGCAGCGGCUUGCGUGCUGGGACUUCCUGGAGAAGAUUCUUCUGAAACGGUUUCCGGGACUCCGGAGGAUGUGCUGCUGAUUUUAGAGGCGGUGGACCUCGAAGAGUUGCAGAGGGCUCUGGGUCACAGCAGCGAUCACGUGGAGAAAAGCCCCCAGUCCCUUUUGCAGGACAUUGUCUCUGCUGGAGGGGCCGUGGAAGAGAAUGAAGCCGACUGCUACUGAAGACUUGAAGGCUCCUGGCAUAGAAAUGAGGGAAGUUUUCGACCCCAGUGGUCUCUUCUGGGUUGAUCUGCUUGCUUAUAUAGAGGCCAGCCGACCAAGUUCCUUGAACAGGAACAAGACGUGGUGACAGAGGGCCCAGGAGGCAUUUGCCAUAGUGGGAGUUUCUUUUGCUACUAAUAAAACAUUAUUUUGACGCA